AUGACGUCUCAAGAUAAGAUUCUCAUCACGGCUGGACCGUACCAGUUCUUGGCGGCCUUUGAGUCGGCGGCUCCCAAGACAGCGGCGGUAUUUCGCAAUCUGCUACCAUACCGGCAACAACUUAUUCACGUACGUUGGAGCGGCGAAGCGGUUUGGGUGCCGCUGGGUGAACAGGACUUCGGCCUGGGAUUCGAAAACCACACCAGCCACCCUGGAGCAGGACAAAUUCUCUUCUACCCCGGAGGCUACUCUGAAACGGAAUUGCUCUUCUGCUACGGCGGCGUCUUGUUUGCGAGCAAGAUGGGCUCCCUUUCUGCAAAUCAUUUCCUGACUAUCAUUGAGGGUGCCGAAAACCUCAGAGCGUUAGGCGAGCUGGUCCUUUGGAAAGGAGCACAGGAUAUCUUGUUCGAGCUGGCAGAUGAUGAGAGGAUCAGCGCAUUCAGGCGGAACAGCCAGACAAUUCAAAAGGCUUCUAAGUUGUGA